UAUCACGUAUGAGGAUGAAUUGUUGAAUGCUGAGUGCCGACAUAAUAUAGUGUUACUGUUGGUUUUGUUUAGUGACUGAGUAGUAUCUUAUUUUCUUGUAGAUAUCUGUAUAAUAUAGUACUUAGUUGAUUUAACUUAAUCAAUUAUUUACAUAUUAACAACAGUUGUUAUUACCUACUAGCUACUAGUUUUACUUCAACAGACUGUAGUCUGCCCUUUGUACUUCUAUAAUACUAUAAUACUGUCAAACCACUUCUGUGGUCAAAUUGUCAAGAAACUCAAUGAUUUUUGCUAUGGUACUUUUUAUAGUAUAAAAGUAUAGUACUAUAGUUUUUCAAUUUAGAAUUAUCUAAAUCCUAAAGUAAUAACUCACAAGUGUGUUCAGUUUUGCUUUUCCCAAGUUAAAUACGCAACACAUUUAUCCAAUUCUGUAUUAUUCAUUAUACCAUAUAACAGUAACCCAAGUAUGGAAAUAAUAUUAUACUUGAUGGCCAAUACACAAGCAGUCGGUGCUUUGUGAGUGUAGAUUAUUUAAUUUCUGUCGUCAAAAAAAAUUAAAAUGCCAUGUUGUGUGCCUCUGUGUCCGUCUAAUGCUCUAAAAGUUAGUUCAUUUGGAGUGCCCAAGAAUGAAACACUGAAGCUUGAGUGGGAAAGAGUUUUAGGUGUUAGCUUUAAACCAAAUUCUAAAGUAUGCCGCAGACACUUUAGAGAGGAAGAUGUUAUUGACACUUGGGAAUCUGGUCAAGGAUUUAGCAAAUACACGAUUGAUUUGAAAAGACCAUCUCUUCAAAAAGGCGCUGUUCCUAUACGCUCUGCAUCUUCUAUAUCCAAGGUACGAGUGAGUGAGGAUUCAAAGAGUUGUAAUCAUAUAAAUACUGUAUUGAAAAAAGGAAUUUCUCCGGAUUCUAAAUCUUCAAAAGUGUCAACAAUUUCUACUGAUCAUUGUUAUUUGGAUGAUGACAAUAAAUCUGGAAGUGAUACAACAAACGAAACAAGGAGUGCAAGUGUAUCUGGAGGAAUUGCAUCACCAUUAAAUGAUAUAAAUCCACCAAAAAGAAUUAAGAAAUGGCAUUAGAACAUUGGAUACAUUAACUACAAAAAAAAACCGUUAUAUUUUCAUAAUUGAUACAAUACAGGAAUGAUUUUACCAAAUGUACUGAAAAACCAAUAAUUUUAUUAAAUGAUGAAAAUCUAUCAAGUCAAAUUCUUAAAAAAUUAUACAUGGAAAUUUACAGUAUAAUUUGUUUUAGAUUUUUUCAACUUAUCUACAAGCGUAUAAAAAAUUAUCUACAAUGAAGACAAACAACAAAUAAUUAAGAAGUUUCAUAAAGAAAACGAUUUUAGUUGUAUAUUAUAAUUAUUAUCCAUGUGUUUAAAUAUGAUAUAUAUUAUUUAUCUGUUCUUUUUAUAUUAAUAUUUACCUUAAAAAUUUAGAAUGUAGUAAUGAUUUAAGUACAAUUAAUACAGAUUAUUA